AUGAUAUCAGUCAAUAUCAGCCCAGCAGUCGCGACAGCGUUGUGCGGUGCCGUGGCGGUCUACGCUUUGCUCUGGAUUCUUUUGCACCUGACCCACGACAACAAUGAGCCCCCUCUGGUUUCUACAACUGUUCCAUUUAUUAGUCCUAUAUUAGGAAUGAUCAAAUGGAGCAAAGAUUUCUAUGCGCACAUGCGGAGACAACACCAAAAUCUGUCCAUAUACACCCUCAGGAUCCCCGGAGCGCGCCUCUACGUGAUCAACUCGUUGAAUCUCAUCCCCGUGGUCCAGCGCCAGUGGCGCACGCUGAUCUUCGCGCCUAUACAAGUCAAAGCGGCAAAGGCAGCCAUGGGCGCAAGCAAAGAGGCCAUCGCCAUCAUGGAACGCGAUAUGGUAACCGAGCACGGCUUCAUGAGCGGCAUGGUGAAGGCUACUCACCCCACCACAAGCAACGGCCCAGCAUUAGAUGCCCUGAAUAACCGGGCGUUUGAGGUCUUUGACAAAGCUCUGGGACAGCUGACUUCACGCACGACUGUCAGCAUGUAUGAUUGGAUUGACAAAAUGAUUAUGAGCGCGACUACGGAGGCGAUAUAUGGACCGUCUAAUCCGAUGAGAGAUGCCCGUAGCCUUGAGGCGUGGUCCCAAUUCCACUCAGCUCUCAUGUACAUCAUGCUGGAUAUUCUACCACAAAAUAUCUUCUUCAGAUCAGCCAUGAAGGCCAGGGAGUACUUAGUCACGAGAUUCACGAAAUACUACAAUGACGGCAGCUACAAGCAGGGAUCUGCGUACAUCCAACGGUUCACGGAGUACUGCGCAGGCCAGAAGAUACCAGAGGACGACAUCCCGCGCCUACUGCUAGGCACCGUCUUCAACAACGUCGCGAACACGAUCCCCACCGCCUUCUGGGUGAUAUACCGCAUCUUCAGCGACCCGGCCGUCCUGGAAGAAUGCAGACAGGAGGUCAGCCGAGCAGUCCGGACCAGCGACGACAACGAAACCACCGAGUCAGUCCUCGACCUCAGCGUCGUCCUCAGCUCCUGCCCGGCGCUGCUCUCCACCUACCACGAGGUCUUCCGCUACCACGGCAUGGCCAACUCGGUGCGCGUCGUCGCGGAGGAUUACACGCUGGACGACAAGUACUACCUCAAGAAGGGCGGUCUGGUGAUGAUGUCCGCGCGGGCGCAGCACAGCAACGCCGACGUCUGGGGCGACGACGUUGAUGAGUUCCGCCACCGGCGCUUCGUCAAGCAGCAGCAGGGCCGCCGGCUCAACCCCGUUGCGUUCCGCGGUUUUGGGGGCGGCACCACUCUUUGUCCCGGUCGCCACUUCGCCACGGGCGAGAUAUUGCUGCUGACGGCGCUGCUGCUGCUUCGUUUUGAUAUCGAGCCUGCGGCGGCACGGUGGGUCCUGCCGUCGACCGCCAAGUCGUCGCAGGCUGAGGCCAUGGAGCAGCCGGAUGAUGAUGUUGAGGUUGUGUUUGUGCCACGGCCGGAGGUGGCUGGGAGAACGUGGCGUGUCGAGUUCUCUGGGCCCCGAGAUGCCGAGCUCUUGGUCCAGAAAUGA